AUGGCUCGCAAGUUCUUCGUCGGCGGCAACUUCAAGAUGAACGGAUCUGUUUCCGCCAUCAAGGAGAUUGUCCAGAACCUGAAUAACGCUACCCUCGACUCCAACACCGAGGUCGUCGUCUCCCCUCCUGCCAUCUACCUCCAGCUCGUCCGCGACCAGCUCCGCAAGGACGUCGAGGUGGCCGCCCAGAACGUCUUCGACAAGCCCAACGGUGCCUUCACCGGCGAGAUCAGCGUCUCCCAGCUCAAGGACAGCAACAUCAACUGGGCCAUCCUCGGCCACUCUGAGCGCCGCACCAUCCUCCGCGAGUCCGACGAGGUCGUUGCCUCCAAGACCAAGUACGCCACUGAGAACGGCGUCGGCGCCAUCUGGUGCUGCGGUGAGAGCCUCGAGGAGCGCGAGGCCGGCACCACUGUCGAGGUCGUCAGCAAGCAGCUUGCUGCCCUCAAGGCCGCCAUCUCCGACUGGUCCAAGGUUGUCAUUGCCUACGAGCCCAUCUGGGCCAUCGGCACUGGCAAGGUCGCCACCAACGACCAGGCCCAGGAGGUUCACGCCGCCAUCCGCGCCUGGCUCAAGAAGGAGGUCAGCGACAAGGUUGCCGACGAGACCCGCAUCCUCUACGGCGGCAGUGUCAACGAGAAGAACUGCAAGGACCUCGCCAAGGAGAAGGAUAUUGACGGUUUCUUGGUCGGCGGUGCCUCCCUGAAGCCUGGCUUCGUCGACAUUGUCAACGCCAAGCAGUAA